AUGGAGCGCGUGUCUCGCUUUUCCGGGGUCAAGUCCCUCUACCGCUCCAUCCCCUUCCAGAUCGCCAUCGCCAGUGGUGUCUCCUUCACGGCGCCGGGCAUGUGGGAUGCGAUGAACAACCUUGGCGCGGGUGGAGCAGCAGAGCCCUACGCUGUGUCAGCGGCGAAUGCUCUGGUGUAUGGGCUGUUCGCCAUUGUCUGUGUGGCGGCGGGUGCCAUCAACAACCGCAUUGGUCUUCGGUGGGGGUUGGUUCUGGGGUCGAUUGGAUAUCCGAUCUACGGGGCUGGGCUGUACACCAAUAACUAUGCUCCCACCACCUGGUUCAUGCUGUUUGGCAGUGCCCUGUGUGGGAUCUCCGCCGGCUUCUUCUGGGCAGCGGAGGCGGCCAUCAUCAUCGGAUAUCCCAGCCCCCAGGAUCGUGCAUUCUACCUGGCGAUCUGGCAAACCGCCAAAGCAGCCGGUCCCAUUGUGGGUGGCGCCAUCAGUCUGGGCCUCAACGCGCAAACCUCCUCCAAGGGCACGAUCAGCGCGGGCACGUACAUCGUCUUUAUCGUGAUCAUGUGCCUGGGCUUCCCGAUCGCCCUCUGCCUCAGUCCCGCCGAGAAAGUGCAGCGCAAAGACCGCACGCUGGUGGUGGUGCACAAGCAAGCGAGCUGGGGGGCCGAGUUCAAGGCGGCGGUGAAACUGAUCUGGACGCGUCGCGUGCUGCUGUUGCUGCCCGCCUUCUUCAUCAGCUACUUCUACAACGCCUUCUCCAGCACCUGGCUGACCGACUACUUCACCGUGCGAUCGCGGGCCUUCUCUUCGUUUUUCACCAACUUCGCCGGCAUCGCCUCCUCCUUCCUGAUCGCGGGGCUCCUCGACCGCCAAUCCAUCCACAUCAAGACGCGCGCCAAGAUCGGCUUCCUCUCCAUCAUCGUGAUUUUGACGGGAACCUGGAUCUGGGCCUGCGUGCUGCAGAGUCAAUUCUACUCCGCGCCCGAGGCCCCCACCUUCGACUGGUUCACCGGCGGGUUCGGCAAGUCCUACGCCUUGAUCUUCUUCUGGCAAUUCGGCGGCCAGGCCUUUCAGCAAUUCCUGUACUGGUUGGUCGGGCAGUACAGCACCGACAUCUCCAGUCUGUCCUACCACUGCGGAAUCCUGCGUGGAUUUGAAGCGCUGGGACAGACUGUCGCAUGGGCUAUGCAAACCGAAGGCAACGUCAACCAUUUCGCCAGCAUCGGCCUCAACUUUGGUGUGACCCUGUUGUGCGUGAUCCCGACGUGGAUCGUCCUGUCCGGCCUGGAACAUAGCCACGAGGUGCAGGUCACCGCGGAGGAUAUCCCGGCCAAGAAUGUAGACGAUGCUGAGGCGUAA